CGACUCGUACAAGUAUUUCCCAUCUUGUUGAGGAACCAAUACUGUGAACAGCAUAUUCCCCAACAAAUCCCAAAAUCAAACCGUAUUUAUAUCGAACACAUUGUGAUCACACCCUUCAAAGCGCGCACACGCACAAACGCUUGAUAGCUUCAUCGUUCAGGAGUAAAUCGGAGAGAGACAGAGACAGAGGCGCGACCCGCCAUGGCGAAGGAUCAGCUGGAGGUGCUCAAUGUCCUGGACCAAGCCAAGACUCAGCUCUACCACUUCACCGCGGUGGUGAUCGCCGGGAUGGGCUUCUUCACCGACGCGUACGACCUCUUCUGCAUAUCCCUGGUCACCAAGCUCCUCGGCCGGAUCUAUUACUACGUGCCCGGAUCGUCCAAGCCCGGCAGUCUGCCCCCGAACGCAGCAGCCGCCGUGAACGGGGUCGCCCUGUGCGGGACUCUGGCUGGGCAGCUCUUCUUCGGGUGGCUCGGGGAUAAGUUGGGCCGCAAGCGCGUCUACGGCAUCACCCUCAUGCUCAUGGUGGGGUGUUCCGUCGCCUCCGGUCUCUCCUUUGGGAGCUCGCCGAGGGCUGUCAUGGCGACCCUUUGCUUCUUCAGAUUCUGGCUAGGUUUCGGCAUCGGAGGGGAUUAUCCUUUGUCUGCGACGAUCAUGGCAGAGUACUCCAACAAGAAGACCCGCGGCAGUUUCAUUGCGGCAGUGUUCGCGAUGCAAGGGUUCGGGAUCCUUGCGGGUGGGACGGUGGCCAUCGUCGUUUCCUCCAUCUUCGGCGCUUUGUACCACGCGCCGCCAUUCGCCCACGAUCCCGUGGGAUCCACCGUCCCCCAGGCAGACUACGUGUGGAGGAUAAUCCUGAUGUUCGGUGCACUACCAGCCGCCCUCACCUACUACUGGCGGAUGAAGAUGCCGGAGACUCCGCGCUACACCGCCUUGGUGGCGAAGAACGCCGAGAAGACGUGCGCAGACAUGUCGAAGGUCUUGCAAGUGGAUAUCCAGGUUGAGAAGCAAGACCUCGAGAGCCAAGACCGGGUUGAAACCGCCAGUUUCGGGCUCUUUUCGAAAGAGUUCCUCCGUAGGCACGGCUUGCACUUGCUGGGCACAACAAGCACUUGGUUCUUGCUUGACAUUGCCUACUACAGCCAAAACCUCUUCCAAAAGGACAUAUUCAGCGCCGUCGGAUGGCUCCCCGCGGCAAAAUCCAUGAGCGCCCUUGGCGAGCUCUACAUGAUCGCUCGCGCCCAAACCCUAAUCGCACUCUGCGGCACCGUCCCGGGCUACUGGUUCACAGUCUUCCUCAUCGACCGCAUCGGCCGGUUCACCAUCCAGUCCAUCGGUUUCGCCUUCAUGUCCGUGUUCAUGUUCGCCCUAGCCAUACCCUACCACCACUGGACCCUCAAGGAGAACCACAUCCCGUUCGUGGUCAUGUACGGGUUGACCUUCUUCUUCGCCAACUUCGGGCCCAACAGCACGACGUUCGUGGUCCCCGCUGAGAUCUUCCCAGCCCGGCUCAGGGCCACCUGCCACGGGAUCUCAGCAGCCUCGGGGAAGGCCGGGGCCAUCGUGGGCGCGUUCGGGUUCUUGUACGCGGCGCAGAGCCAGGACAAGGCCAAGACCGACCCGGGGUUCCCCGCCGGGAUUGGGGUAAGGAACUCAUUGAUCGUGCUCGCGGUUGUCAAUCUGCUGGGCUUGCUCUUGACUCUCCUCGUGCCUGAAUCCAAAGGAAAAUCGCUCGAGGAAAUGUCGCAGGACUACUGCGAAGAGGCUGAGAAUCGCUCCAAGAGCGAGGCUGCAAUUGGCUAGGGCAUCAAGAACAAUUUUUACGUCAACCUCUCUAGAUAUAAUUCUGUAAAAAUUUGGCAUUGAUCAUAAGGUCUGCCUUCGGUUUUUAAGCGUCUCUUCUUCCUUUCCUGGAUUCUUGAUUGAUGUUGCCGACUGAGUUUUUACCGCAUGACCCAAGUUAAUUUUUUGGUUUUGGAGUUAAAUUUCAUCUGUUUAUUUACGUAGA